AUGGCAAAAUCCUCACGGCGAUCCGGUCGCAAGACGCCGGCCUCAUCAGGCACCUCAACACCUACAUCUGCGUCAUCGGGCCCUAUCCCACCGUUCAUAAAAGUCCCAGAAGCUUUGCGCACAUUCGUCGAACCGCUAUCCCCCGACGAAGUAUAUUUACUCCAUAUCGAUAUCACAGCAGAAGAACUGAAGCGACAAACGUUCACUGUUCCCCUCCUCGUCAAUCUCUUAGUCGGUGCCAUCAUCGGGUGGCGGGUCUACACGGGCAUCAGCACAUACCCAGCCCUCGUGGGAACGCUCAUCGGACUACAGAGCUCCAUGACCGUGGACACGGCCGCCAUCCCAUGGACAGAAUCGGCGCAAAUAGUGUUGAUGCGCACGGGAACAUUGGCCCUCGACUACUUGCUCGUGACCAUGUUUUUGUCAUGGCCAAUCAAUUUCAUCAAGGGGCCCGUGCGAUGGCGCCGCGCGGUCGGAUUCCGCGAGCGCGAGGUCAUUGUCCGCCGCAGCAACCGCAGCUGGAGCAAGAAGCUGGUGCGCAACAAAUGGAUUCGCGACGACGAGGCCCGCCGCGACAAGAUCGUUGCCGCUGUGACACCCGAGCGCGUCGGAAAAACUGGCUACUUGCUCAUGGACGAGGAUUGGAAUCUCGACUAUGCGGCCAUGAUUCGCGCGCACGCUCUUGUUGAUCGCACCCGUCGUGGUGAUGGCGUGCAACUGGAUGAGUUCCGGACAGCAGUGUUGGUCAACACUGAUGCCGAUGGCUGGCUGAUCUGGCGGGUUGGAGACGAAAACAGCUCCGCCGGUGAGCAGCGCUCCGCACAGCGUGACCAGAUUCUCGCUUUCAAGGAAAAGUUGACAGAGAUGGGCAAGGAGGAUCUUUUCCUCCGCUGGGUAGAGUUGAUCCAAUGGGAAAGCUCACAGCCUGGUGGCUUCACUGCGGAGCGGCAGCGCUCUGCAAUGUUACAAGCAAAGCAGAUGUUUGAGGACGAAAAUGUGGACUUCAGUCGUUUCUGGGACGACAUGGGCGGCAUGGAACAAUUAGAUUAG